AUGUUCGAUUCCCGGGCGGCAGAGCCAUUGGCCGUUGAUACCGGAUCUGCGCUGGCCACCAAAACCAACACCUAUACGGCCGCUUUCGAGUACCCCGAGGAGCAAGUCACCACCCCCACUACUGGCCCGCGCAGCCGUGGGAACAGUCUAUCCUUCCCUCAGCCUGCCCUCGCUGCCGAUCAAUCGCCCAAUCGGCGUAUCUCUUCCAUGAAGAUGACCACCAAUGGGCGCUUCACGCCCAGCCCCGAACCGCCCCCGGCCCUGUUCGUGCGGGCCAUGUAUGACUACGAUGCAGACGACCACACCAGUCUUAGUUUUCGUCGGGGAGAUAUUAUCCAGGUGUUGAACCAGCUCGAAACCGGUUGGUGGGAUGGCGUCAUCGACAACAGUGUUCGGGGCUGGUUCCCCAGCAAUUACUGCACCGUGAUUACCGACCUAGAUGAGCUGGAAGAGCAGGUAUCGCAGGUUCAGGUGCACGAGAAUGAAGAGGCCAGCGCAGAAUCCGGGGUCGGCGAGGAGUACGAAGAGGAGCAAGAGGGCGAUGAGGUCGACUCAGCAGGCAAUCCGCGCGACUCGCAGCCGAUCUUGCCCAUCGAGGGUACAGGCGCUCCCCAGGAGCAGGAGGAGGCCGCCUUUUGGAUUCCACAGGCGACGCCUGACGGCCGCUUGUUCUAUUUCAACACUCUAACCGGCUAUAGCACCAUGGAGCUGCCGUUCGAGAAUCCCGCGGCCAACGAGACCGGCCCCUAUGAUCGCAGCAACUUCCUCGUGCCGGACCAGACUCGACCUCCGCCGGAGAUGAUGGCUCGUGGGUUCGAACGCGAUGAGGAUGAUUACGAUGGCUCGGCUUCGGAAGCGGAGGGGGAGUCGUUGAUGCUGACCUCGCGCGAUUCUAUGUCCCGGAGACGUCAGUCCUACUUGGAUGGCGUUUCUCCCGCCACCUCCAUGGACUCGCUGCAUCCACCGUCGGCAACCAAGUCCACCAACGACGGGAUGAGUUCUCACCAGUCCCUCCUCAACUUGCACAAGCUCUAUGAUUCCGCCGCGAGCAGCAACAACUCCAUCUCCGACAACAUCCACAGGCCUUCGGUCUCCUCCGAAGUCCCGUCGCAUUUCGUUGACGAUGGGGUCUCGGUUCAGCUGACCUGGCCUUUGCUCGUCGAUAACAUGCGCCACGCCGUGGAGGGUUAUCGGCAAACACUGUUAAACGGCGACCGCUCGGAAUACGUGAGGAAAGCGGAAGAUAUAUCCGACCAUCUGCGCAUGUUGCUGGCAGCUGGCUCAGAUACGACCGACAAUCACUCUGGAAACCCAUCCGUCAUCUCCACCAACAAGGCGCUAUACCCCCACUUUCGGGACAUGAUGUCCAAAUUCUCGAAACUGGUGCUCUCAUCCCACAUUGCCGCAGCAGAUUGGCCCGGGCCAGAUUCGAUCAACAAAUGCUUGCAAGAAGCCGACGGCGUGAUGCAAGGAGUCUACGGCUAUGUCGAAGUGGCCAGACAACAGCGUGGCGAGACUAUCCGUCGCAUCGUUCCUGGGUUCGUUGUCGGCAGCUUCUCCGGCGGUUGCUGGCAAAACAACGGCGUGUCUCUCAGUGACUCGGGUCCGACCUCGUUUCUGGACCACGACGCGAGUGACUCCCGAGCGGAACCAUCCGUGACCUUGGACGCCACCCUUCUGGAUCACAUCGAUAUUCUCCGGAGGUCCUUUGUUGGCAGUAUCCGUCGGCUGGAAGAGCGCUUAACACUAAACCAGAAGAAGAUUGUCACGAUCGCUGAACACCAAGAGAUUAGCAAUUCCGUUGCCACCGCUGCCAUCAAGGUUGUUGAACAGUUCCGCCCCUGGAUUUCAGCGGUGGAGUCCAUCAACUUGGCGCCUCUCGGGACCAGCUUCCAGAAUCCACAGUUGGUCGAUUUCAGCUUGCAGAAGCAGAGGACCUACGAUGCCAUUGCCGAUUUCGUCCUCAGUUGCCAGGCCGUGUCGGCACCACUGGGUGAUGAGUGGGCUGAGUUGCGCGGCGAUUCCCUUGAUGACCGCUUGAAUGCCGUGCGUGGUGUUCACCGGCAGCUUGAGAACUAUGUGUCACAGAUUGGAUUCUCUCUUUCACUGCUCCUCGAACAGGUACCCGAGCCUACUGCUGUUUUCCGCGCCGAGAGUCGCCUGGGCGGAGAGAACCCAGGGCUCAGGGGAAUCCACAGCCGUUCCGAGUCUCAAGUGGGAGUCGCCACAGAAUCCAUUGGAAUCCCAUCUUCCUACUCAGUUGAGGGCACGUCUGAGAAGGUGCGACGCAAUAUGGACAAGGCACAGAGGUUCUUUGGACAAGCUCCUCCGGCUGCCAUCCCCAGAGAACCCCCUGUUCGAGAACCCGUUCGUGAGCCGGAGGAAACGCCGUGGUUUUUGAAGACGGAUCACGAAGGUGAAGUGUUCUUCGAUACUAAGAACGACAUGCCAGCCUUGAAGUGCGGAACCUUGGCAGGGUUGGUGGAACAGCUGACACGCCAUGAUAAGCUUGAGGCUUCUUUCAACAACACCUUCCUUCUCACCUACCGCUCGUUUACGUCCGCAGAGGAGCUCUUCGGGAUGCUCACCGAGCGGUUCAACAUUCAGCCCCCAUUCGGUCUCAACCCGGAUGAAAUGCAGAUGUGGGUUGACAGGAAGCAAAAACCAAUCCGGUUCCGCGUGGUCAAUAUCUUGAAGAGUUGGUUCGAGAACUUUUGGAUGGAGCCUAAUGACGAACCUCAUAUGGCGCUCCUUCAGCACGUUCAUGCGUUCACCAAAGAUUCGAUCGCCACUACAAAGACUCCCGGUUCCCCGCAACUGUUGGCGGUCAUUGAGCAGCGCCUGAGGGGACAAGACAAUACUGUGAAGCGCCUUGUUCCUACACAGGCAACUGCUGCUCCGACGCCGAUUAUCCCGAAGAACAUGAAGAAGUUGAAAUUCUUGGAUAUCGACCCUACCGAGUUCGCUCGGCAACUGACUAUCAUUGAGUCGCGUCUCUAUUCGAAGAUUCGGCCUACGGAGUGCUUGAACAAGACCUGGCAGAAGAAAGUCGGGCCUGACGAACCGGAACCUGCUGCGAAUGUCAAGGCGUUGAUUCUCCAUUCAAACCAGCUGACGAACUGGGUUGCGGAGAUGAUCCUCAACCAAUCAGAUGUCAAAAAGCGCGUGGUCGUUAUCAAGCACUUUGUCAACGUAGCAGAUAAAUGUCGUGCCCUCAACAAUUACUCGACGCUGACAUCAAUUAUCUCUGCCCUUGGAACGGCCCCCAUCCACCGACUCGGACGAACAUGGGCUCAGGUUAGCGGACGCACAUCCACCGUUCUGGAACAGAUGCGCCGGCUCAUGGCGAGCACGAAGAACUUUGGCGAAUAUCGAGAGACCCUGCACCUGGCCAAUCCACCUUGCAUUCCCUUUUUCGGUGUCUACUUGACAGAUUUGACGUUCAUCGAAGAUGGUAUCCCAUCUCUCACCCCGUCGGAGCUGAUCAAUUUCAACAAGCGCGCCAAAACGGCCGAGGUCAUUCGCGAUAUCCAGCAGUACCAGAACGUCCCCUACCUCCUUCAACCGGUCCAUGAGUUGCAGGACUACAUUCUCAGUAACCUGCAAAACGCCGGCGAUGUGCACGAUAUGUACGAUCGGAGUUUGGAAGUCGAACCGAGAGAACGGGAGGACGAAAAGAUUGCGAGGUAUGCCAACACCGGUAGAGACAUGAGCGCCUUGACUCUCGCGAGCAUGGUGGUGUCGACGCGCUGA